AUGUCAGAAUCUAGACCUCAGGAAACAAUUAGGGGAGUCAAAAAGAGUGACAGCAAUACUGGUAUAAUUUACAUCGACUCCAAAGGUGAUUUGGAGACACAAAACAGGUUUCCAUCACCACCAUUUAACAUAUCUCAUGAUGACGAUUUUCACUUAACCAUUGUUCAUGAAACCUCGAGAAAUGACGAUAAUGCCCUUGACCAUGAGCCACCUAUUGUGAAGGAAACACCAAUCAAGAACAGUUACCCUGAUACUCUUGAAUCUGUCUUUAAGUCAACCAUAAUCCAAUCAAAGUUUCCCACUCGUUCCUUUUCUUUCCCCUGUUCCACUUCAGCUUCUGAAUGCAUGAACACAAUAACAACACCUAAAAAACAACAAAUACCUCAAAACAAUUCACCUGCAACAGGUCUUGCUGAUGAUGGCUUAUGGGGAAGCAAUGCUCCUGAAAUGAAUAGGCUGUUUUGCAGGGUGAAAACUUUUGCUUCAAUUCUGGAAGCUUUUUCCCUUGAGAUGGUGACAAGGGAGAAAGGAGGUUUCUUCUUUGAAUGGAUUAGAGUGAAGGAUAAUGGUAAUAACAAGGAGAAACUACAUUUUGAAGGUAUCAUGUGGAAACAGAAUAAGCAAGGGUGA